AUGAAAACAACGCCCAAAGCUCUUCAGCUUGUUACUUUGACUGGAUCGAUAAUUUCGAUGGUUUCUCUGAUCAUUCUGCUUCUAACCUACUUCAUGUUUUCAAAGCUCCGUAACUUACCCAGGAAAAUUAUCAUAAACUCGGCGAUAUCUCUGCUGCUACAUGCCAGUUGCCACAAGAAGCGUUUCGUCAGGUACUUUUUGAAUGCCUGGGGAGCUCCUACUGUCUUGAUUCUCGUCUGUGUUAUCAUCGACUUGGUAGAAAAUGGAACUAUUGGAUACGGAAAAGUUCAAGAAGAAUUUUUUAUAUCUGUUCCUCAAGACAAGCUUUAUUCAUCUGUUGUGCCUAUUGCACUGAUCCUGAUCUUCAACCUUUUUGCACCGGGACACACGAUAAUCGUUGUCUUUGGCACUCAAAAGAAAGCUUAAGAAAUCAUCAACCAACAAUGAAUAUCUAGCGUGCUUCUGAUUUGUGUUAAGAUGGCCUCAGUGAUGGGUAUCACAUGGAUUCUUGGGAUUGCCGCAAACUUGAUUAUUUAA